AAAGUCCAGUCCUCCCUCGUCAACAGUUCACAUUUAUCCCAAGUCCUAAGAGAGUAAUAAUGGCGACUUCCGCUUUCGGACAGUGCAAUCUUCUACCUCGUACAACUACUGUAAAUCCCACACAACUGCACUCUCCUCGUUACUCUUUGUCUUUGCCUUUCCACAGACAAAGCUUAACCUCUUCACCUGCACUAUCAUUCACCCAAUCUCAAGGUUUAGGGUCUGCAAUUGAGAGACAUUGCGACCGGUCGGAUCUGUUUCAAACAUGCGCUGUUCGUCAGUUGACUGGUUCCGUUACCUCGACCAAAGGCCAUCGCUUUGCUGUUGUGGUUGCACGUUUCAAUGAUCUUAUCACCAAGAAGCUUUUGGAGGGAGCUUUGGACACUUUCAAGAAUUACUCAGUUAGAGAUGAAGAUAUUGAUGUCGUGUGGGUUCCUGGCUGUUUUGAAAUCGGCGUGGUUGCGCAACAGCUUGGAAAGUCACAGAAAUAUCAAGCAAUACUCUGUAUUGGGGCUGUGAUCAGAGGUGAUACGUCUCACUAUGAUGCUGUCGUUAAUGCUGCCACAUCCGGAGUACUUUCAGCAGGCCUAAAUUCUGGUACUCCUUGCAUAUUUGGUGUUUUGACAUGUGAUACCUUGGAGCAGGCUUUCAAUCGCGUCGGUGGGAAGGCUGGGAAUAAAGGUGCCGAAACAGCGUUGACAGCUAUUGAGAUGGCGUCUUUGUUUGAACACCACCUAAAGGCUUAAGAGGUGGAGGCGGCCCUUCUUACGAGCUCACUGUUUUACCGCAAGAAUGUUGUUGUGAUUCUUACCUUUAAAAAGAAACUUGUUCCCGUCACCAUCUGAAGUAGCUGCUCAGACUAAUAAGGUCAGACAUCUGGUUUGAUUGAACCAAGCUAUUUUGCAGAAAAAUAAAGAAAAAGAAGAUCCCCCCUGUACUUCUCGGCUUCCUUCCUCGCCUACUCAUUGCCGCUAGCUGUAAUCCCUCUAAAAGUUUGUGGAGGAAACAAUCUUGGACAAAGCUGCACUUGUUUGAAAUUUUGUGUUUUUGAACAAUAGUAUCAUUUCUUUGUGCUGAAUUUAUAGACGUCAAAUUGGUUCAAUGUGAAUUGGAACUUCCGAAUUGAUUUGAUCUCUCCUACACAGAAAUAGGAGAAAAAAAGGUAACAAAAUGGGACAGUGGACAUGGUUUUCCGUUUUGUUAUUUUAUUAAAAUUUCGAAAUCUUUUUAUGGUA